CACUUAAAAUUCAAAUCGUCGAAAAUGAGUGUAGUUGUUGUUGAUGGUCCAAUGAUGGAGGAAUUCGUUGAUGACACCGAGGCGUUUGGCAAGUGGACGGACAAACAUUUUGAUAUGCUAGACACAGAUGGAAACGGGGAAUUGUCUCGAGACGAGCUCCAAAACAGGAAAGGUAAAUUCUCAUCGUGUGAAUUUGAGUUGCAGAGCAAGGAAGAAAUUUCAAGUUUGUAUGACAUCCUUAUUGAAAGAUUUGAUAUUGACAAAAGUGGAACUAUUGAUAGACAAGAAUUCAAGGCUCUUACAAAAGAAAUCAUGUUGGCUAAGGCUAGAGGGAUUGGCAAUUCCCCUGUUUUAGUCAUUCUUCAAGGGGAUAGCCUUGUUAUGAGGGUUGUUCAACGUUUUUCAGCAAAAUAACUCAUAUUU